CUCCUCCUACUCAACUCAACGGCUUUAAUUUGAAAAUCUCCUCCUUUUCCCAUUUAUUUAUUCCUCUCAACCAUUCGUAUUCACUUCAUUUCUACAUUACUCUUCUUCUUCGUUUCGUUUGGUGGAGUGUUUUUUAUUAUUCAUCCAUGUCGUGUUAAGUUUACAGUGAAAAGAUUGAGGCAGCUCCCCUUUGCAUCAUGGCAUCUGUGAAUCCAUUUUUUGAAGACAUGCGAACAAAAUCUGAGGUUAUUGACCCCCCUCAAAGUGAUGAUAUGCUGGAUGUUGGUGAAAUUCUGAAUGAUUCUCCUCAAAAUAUAGUGAAACCUAAUGUAGCAGUUACAAGCAGUGUCCGUGAUCUUCUGGAGUGCCCUGUUUGCUUGAAUGCCAUGUACCCUCCUAUUCAUCAGUGUUCAAAUGGUCACACAUUAUGUUCUGGUUGCAAGCCAAGGGUUCAUAACCGGUGCCCCACCUGCAGGCAUGAACUUGGGAACAUUAGAUGUCUUGCUUUAGAGAAAGUUGCUGCAUCUCUUGAGCUUCCAUGUAAAUAUCAGAAUUAUGGUUGCAUCGGUAUAUACCCUUAUUACAGCAAGCUGAAGCAUGAGUCUCAAUGCAUCUAUAGACCGUACAACUGUCCAUAUGCUGGAUCAGAAUGCACUAUCGUUGGUGAUAUCCCUUCUCUUGUUGCCCACUUAAAAGAUGAUCACAAAGUUGAUAUGCAUAAUGGUUGCACUUUUAAUCAUCGCUAUGUCAAAUCAAAUCCGCAGGAGGUUGAAAAUGCCACCUGGAUGUUAACGGUCUUCAGCUGUUUUGGGCAGUAUUUCUGUCUGCAUUUUGAAGCUUUCCAGCUCGGCACGGCUCCCGUCUACAUAGCGUUCCUGCGAUUUAUGGGUGAUGAUGUCGAGGCGAAGAGUUAUAACUACAGUCUUGAAGUGGGUGGACAUGGGAGGAAGAUGGUAUGGCAGGGGAUUCCGAGAAGCAUUAGGGACAGCCACCGAAAAGUUCGUGACAGUUUUGAUGGUCUGAUUAUCCAACGAAAUAUGGCUCUCUCUUUUUCUGGGGGAGACCGGAAGGAGUUGAAGCUUAGGGUGACUGGUCGAAUUUGGAAAGAACAGUAACCGAAAUUUCUCAUUUUCUGCUUAGUUAGUUAGUAGGUUAGAAAGACGUCUUCUGGUCAUGUGUUUUUGGAAUUAAGAAGCAAACUCUCUUUGCUUGUCCAUCUAUUAUGAAAUAUGCAUGAGUGAGAAUGCAUUCCUUU